UUGCUUGCGCCUAAUGCGCCCAAUGCCUGCUUGCGGGCGGCUACGAUGAUCCUUGGCGCGGCAUCUCGCCCUGGAACUCUGGCACUGGCUGCGCAUCCGUUGGUGCCGUUGCGCUCAGGAGUCCGAACCUAAACGCAGGCCAGCCCUUCUGCCACCCCAACACCCCUCCACUUCCCCCAGCGACCACACUCUUUCGACGUUCUCCGCCUCCGCGCAACUGUAUAAUACCCUCUCGACGCUCACCGGGCGUUGCCUCCGCAGGCGCUUUCCUUCCCCGGAUCCUGUCGCUCGUUUCAACCCUACGUCAACCAUUACCAUCCUUCGCCGCGCGGCGUCUUAACUGAAGCAAGCCCGGCGCUUGACUCUGGGCACCUUCCACCCUCGAUCUUCAUUCACUCCACCGCGCUUUUGGCUUGCACAUCAUGAAGCUCACUUCUGCCCUCGGGGCUGUAGGAGCCUCGAGUGUGCUCCUGUCCGGCGUUGGCGCUAUCCAACUGGACAUUAGCUCGACUGACAACAUCAAGCAAGUCGCAAAGACGCUGUCUGUUAAUCUGCGCCAGUACUACACCGGUGACCGUGUCGGCGACACACCUGGAAACUUGCCGGACCCGUACUACUGGUGGGAAUGCGGUGCCAUGUUCAAUGCCUUCAUCGACUACUGGUACUACACCGGCGACGACCAGUACAAUGGCAUCACAACUCAGGCCUUGGAGCACCAGAUUGGAGACUACAAUGCCUUCAUGCCGGCCAACCAGACCAAGACACUCGGAAACGAUGACCAGGCUUUCUGGGGAAUGGCUGCUAUGACUGCUGCCGAGAACAAGCUGCCUGAUCUUGGGGACGGAAAGCCCUCUUGGCUCGCUCUUGCUCAGGCCGUCUUUAACACUCAAAAGGACCGCUGGGACAACCAGACUUGCGGAGGAGGAUUGAAGUGGCAGAUCUUUACUUUCAACAACGGUUACAACUACAAGAACACCAUUUCCAACGGUUGCUUCUUCAACAUUGCUGCACGUCUCUACAAAUACCUCGGCAACGACACCUACGCGGACUGGGCUGAGCAGGCCUGGGAGUGGGAGCUGUCUGUUGGUCUUAUGAGCCAGGACUACCACUUCUACGACGGUACCGACGACAAGCAGAACUGCUCUAGCGUCAACCACAUCCAAUGGACCUACAAUGCCGGUGUGCACAUGGCCGGAGCCGCUGCUAUGUGGAACGUAACCCAGAACGACCUCUGGAAGACUCGUCUAAAGGGUCUUAUCGACGGUGCCAGCGUUUUCUUCAAAGACAACGUCAUGACUGAAGUUGCUUGCGAGAACAACGGCAAGUGCGACGUCGAUCAGCGAUCGUUCAAAGCUUACCUGGCCCGCUGGAUGGCAUACACUGCGAUCGUGGCUCCCUGGACUAGCACAUACAUCGAUCCACUCCUUCAGGCUUCGGCCAAGGCUGCUGCUGCGCAGUGCACCGGAGGUGUCAACCAGACAUCCUGCGGUCUGCGAUGGAUCGACAACGGUGCAAACGAUGGUAGCUUCGGUGUGGGCGAGCAGAUGGCUGCCAUGGAGGUCGUCCAAGGUCUUCUCUACCCUACAGUUACCGGUCCUGCUACGCAGAACAAUGGUGGUAUCUCCGUGUCCGACCCCGACGCUGGUUCAGACGUACCUCAAACAGCCGUUACCUUCAACGCUGUUACAACUGGCGACAAGGCUGGUGCUAGCAUCUUGACCAUCAUCGUUCUUGUUUCCAUCGUUGCCGGUGCCUGGUGGAUGGUCUCGUAGACAUGCAUUUGUGCGUGCAUGAGGGUGUACAUAUCACGCUUCGGCUGCGUCGCUCGAUGCGAACUUUUGUUUGCACAACAGGUCAACGCUUUGAAGAACUUGUACUUUUUUUUUUUGCGAUACACCAGGGCAUGACCUCCAGCAUUAAGGCUAUCCCCUAUUAUUGGACUUGUAUCACACUUAGCUGACAUUUGGGAGUUGCUGGCGUUCGAGCCGAGCCCUCACUGGGACAUGUAGCUCACAUUUCUCGAGAACAUACUUAUUUACUGCACAUCUUGUUUUCCAACUAAAACUAAUGAGUGCUUGGUGCGCGAUGUUUGAAGAGGGUUGAAGCUCCAUGCUUCAAGCUCCGCCAGAGACAAGCACCGCUUGACAAUACUACCGACUUAGACUAACACCCAUAAUGCAAAGUCCAGCACUGCCUGCGAUUAUUACCAAUACCC